AUGGCUGACGCCGAGUCCCCGGCUCAAUCAACGGGUUGGCGGAUCGCCAAGGCAUGUCAGGAGUGCAGGAAGCGGAAGAUCAAAUGCAACGGAGUCAACCCCUGCAAAACCUGCCAAUUGCGGGGGACCCCAUGCAUCUACCGCGAUGUCGUCCGCCAGCGGAGGAAGAGAUAUCAAUAUCAAGCGAGACUCGAUACUGACAGGCCUGGGUCUGAUGGGGCCACCACUACCACUACUCGGCCCGACGAGGGCAGUGCUGCGCGGCAGUGGUCUCCCGGUCCGUCACACCACCAAGCACAAGCACGUCGGCGGAACCCAUCGGUCAGUUUGAACGUCAACAACAGCGUCUCAGCCACCCACAUGACAUCGCCCUCAUGCAAGGUCCAACUGUACUAUGGCUCCACCUCGCACUUUGCCCUCAUGCACGAGGUGUACAGAGGCUUGGUGGCCAACAGUCAGUCGGCCGAGGUGGAUCGGCCCCACGGCGAGGUUGAAGAAGCCGGAGCUGGUCUGGACAUGUUUAGCUUUCGUCGCGUCUUCUUCGGUACACCCUCAGACUCCCAUGAUGCCACCAAGACCGUUGCGGGCCUGGACUCUCAGCUGCUUUUCUUGCCCUAUGAGCUAGCCAAAUGCUUUCUCGAACGUUUCUUGGCUACCCUGUACAACCUGGCCCCGUUGUGGCCCAAGGAAGAGUUCUAUUAUCAACUGGAUCAACUGUAUGGCCAAGGGCCGGAUGUUCGUCCCGAUAAAAUCACCCAGUCAAUCCUGCUCGUGGCCAUGGCAACUGGAGCACUGGCCACCCAGCAUCACAGCUGGGGUGAUACGCUUUACGAUCGCGUCAAGCUAUCCAUGCAUUCACUUGAUGAUGUUGUGAACCUACAAACCAUCCAGCUAGCGCUCAUCAUGAUAAGUCACGCCCAUUAUCAAAGCGAACAGGGCAGGCCCAACUCUACAUUCCUGCUCAUGGGCACAGCCACACGAAAGGCUAUCUCAGCUGGGUUGCACAAGGAAGCCCCAAGUGCGGGCGAAGACGCCGCCGACAGCACCGAAAAACGACGUGCUACAUUCUGGUCCCUCUGCUUCUACGAAAUCUGGACGUGUUUCCACCUUGGACGACCAAGCUCGCUGUCAUUAAAGGAUGUCAGUAUCGCCCCUCCUGAGGAUUCUUUCCUCCAGGUCCUCGUCAGCCUUGGCAAGGUUGUUGCUCGAUCGGCGUCGGAGAUGCACGGCCGCCGCCAUGAGUCCUUGCUACAAAUGUGGAAGAUUGCUAGAUCAAUCAUCGACGAGCUCCGCGGUUUCGACGGCUUGAUGAGACAGGCGCUGGGCUUUGGGCUGGACAAAUGUGCCCAGCCAGGGAGCUUGGGGGUGCGACAGAUCAUUGCGACCACUCUAUAUUAUCACACAAUUCUUCUCACCUUUCGACCAUUUCUGAUAUUUCGUGGACGGUGGCAACAGGAUAUGAAACGGUCAUCAUGCGUUGCGGGUACGAAACGAGCGACUGAAAUUCCCUCAUGGCUCAACGACGCCUGCAACCAAGCCCUCAGCGCUGCAUGCCGGACCAUUCAUCAUCUAUGCGAAGCAUCGGCGUGCAAUGAACUUGUUAGAGAGUUGCGGUAUCAUGGCUACUUCUUAGGCAACUCAUCUUUUGCGCUCAUGUACGACCUCAUGCACGGUGAGAAUCUUGCGGCCACACACCUGCCGUGGAUCCAUGCUGCCGUGCAAGGAAUGUCACAGAUGCGGCCUGGGGAUCCGAUCAAGAGUUCCAUUACCGCCAUCCAAACUGUCUUGAGGAAACUACACCCCUCGUAUGAGUGGGUAGCACCGGAAACCGCCAAAAGUCAGAUGUAUGAUUAUGAAAACACACCACCCUUCAAUCCACGGCGACAUCCGACGUCCGCCUCCCACCAAGGGCAGAGUUUCAUGCCAAUGGCUACACCCGGGGAUCCGGCGACAGUAGGGACCCUCCCCAUGCUGUCUGAUCUACAAGGAAAUUUGUUACAGGACGACAUACGCAUCCCCAGCGGUAGCGUAGGCAGUGGAGAUGAUCUUCUCGAUUUCACACAAUCCGACAUGGGCUGGGACUUUGAUUUCUCCACGAUGGAUCUGGAGGCCUUCUUUUCCAUCAAUGCAGACCUAGACCCGAUGGCGUUCUGA